AUGGAAAUGGAGCUGGAAGGUGGCAGCAACGGGCAAGAAACGGCACGCGCUCCACCGCCGCCAGCGCUGCCAUGUAUGGUGCAGCUCCAGCUCUACAUCAUCGUCGCCGUCGGCAGGAUCGCAAUGAGCCGCAGCGGCACGGUCAACCGAUGCUUCUUCUCCGCCCUCGACCGCCCGGCCCGCGCCAGCGCCCGCCCGGACAAGAACGGCGUCCGGUCCGCCGACACGUCGCGCGGGCUCUGGGCUCGCAUGUUUUCGCCGCCGUCGUCGUUGCAGGCCAAAGCGCCGCUCCCCGUGCUGGUCUACUUCCACGGCGGCGCCUUCACGCUGCUGUCCGCCGCAUCCAUCCCAUCCGUGGCCAUAUGUAUAGUGUACGGGGUGCUGCUUGUGGUGGUGCUCCUGGUGACAAUUAGCAGGAUGAGGUUCACAGAUGACGAACAAGAGCAAAAUAAUGAUGAUAUGGUAUUUCUAAAUACCAGUACCACUAGUAAUCAAAUGGAAAAGGGAGAUGAAAUUCCGAACAGUGGUAAUCUUCUCAAAACACAAGAGGGCUCAACACAACAAAUUGGUAGUUACGAACACAACUCCUGGAUAGCCAGACGAUGGCAACAAGUUUCUGAAUUCUGUUCAGUUCCCCAGGAAGGACCACUGACAGAGCAAGAUCUUCUUCCAGUAAUUGGUAUGUCAAUUAUUCAAAGCCUAGCUACUUAUGAUCAAAGCAAUUGUGCAAAGAUCAACAAAGCGACCGACCUCAUCUGGAAGAUCACAAGAUUCACAAGCUUUUACACAAGUGACAACAAAUAUACUGACACUGAAAAGAAGGUCCUUGUUCAAUCAUCAUUGAAGCUACUCUACAGGCUCACAAGCAUCGAUGGGGAGAUGGGCAUAACACUGAGGCAGAAGAUAUCGAGGCAUCCCUUUCUCUUGAGAAAUCUCUCAGAGAUCUUGGGAGACAUCACAAACGAGCCCUCCAGUAGCACAGGUGCAAGUGUUUCUCACUCCAGAGAAGCCCUAAGGAAGGUCGCAGGACAAGCAUUAGCAAUGUUGGCAAUAGGCAAUGUCGACAACUGCCUGACUAUGCUAAGGCAAACAGGCUAUUCAUUCAUUGAGGAACUCACAACCAUGAUCCAUGUUGAAAGGUAUAGAUGUGUUGCAGCAAGUUUGUUGCGGAGUGUGUGCAUGCACGCUCGACCUGAGCUCAAAGACACGGACUUGAAGCAACUAUCUUACAUCUCACCGAUGGUGCUAGAAAGAAUACUCCGUGCAGAAGGUGAAGAACUAGAAAUCUUCAUUGCCCUUAGUUCACAUAUAUAUGAAGCCAUCCCAGAGGAGUUCGCUCGAGAUUUUGAGUAUGGUCAGAUUAAGGUAACAUUUGUGAAGCGGCUUGUCGAUGCGUUGAAUGUGAACAUGGAGCCUAAUGCUGAUUGCCCUGGGAUCAGGAGAGUGAUACUUGAACAAGCUCUAAAGUUGAUGUAUGACUCUAGUAAUGUUAAUUGUUUCCGUAAUCUCCGCAUGAUAGAGGUACUAUCGAUGGUGGAGGAGACCAUCUCAGAGGCUGAGAACUACACCAUCUUCAUGGGUGAUGUAGGGCUAAUGGAGGAAGGUGAACCUUUAUCCUCACUUGUGGCAAGUGCUAAACAGCUAUUGGACAUCCGUUGA